UCUGUAUAGAGAAUAGGGAGGGAUGCUGGGAAUUGUAGUUCAGCAGUAAAUGGAGGUUUGCGAGUUUCGGCAAGAACUGUGUAGCCAGUGGAAGAGCAAAAACACCCCUUCAGAGGAGGAGACGAAAGAAGAUACUAGUCUGCAGAAAUGGACAGACUAACGCUAAAAAAAAGAUAAAGGAUAUACAGAAUACUAUGUGACUCUGUGCACAGUACUAUGGCUUAACAUGAAACGUGACUCCAGCCAUUACAUUCCAGAUUAAUAGAUUAAAAGUGAGUUUUACAGUGCGACAAAUAAACCUACCCAGUGCAGUGGGAAAUUCCCAUGAUGAAGUGUGAAGCAGUCAACAGGUAACUGGUUCCUGCAUGAAAGCAAUUCACAGAUACCAGUUGGGGGUGUGUGAGAUUGCCAUCUAUCUACAAAGAACAUUACUAGAAAAACCCAGUGCAUUUCUCUCCCCUUUUGGUGGAAUUAGAACUUGAAAAAGAUGCUACGUCUAAACUGGAACAGUCAUCCGAAGUUACUAUGUCACUGCAUGGUUUCUGAUCUGUAUUUGAAGUUGUUUCUCUCAAGAAGCUUCACCAUGACCUGGAAGGCAUGGACCUUCAUGCAAUCUCUUGUUGGAAAUAAUAACAUUGUUUUGAUGGGGCCUCCAGGCGCUGGAAAAACAACAGUAGGAAAAAUACUAGGUCAGAAGCUGGACUCUUGUUUUAUAGAUGUGGACGAUGAUGUUCUUGAACCAACCUGGAAUAUGACCGUGGCAGAAAAACUAAAGAGCAUUGGGAAUGAACGGUUUAUAGAAGAAGAGGGAAAAGCCCUGUUAAACCUUUCAGCAUCUGGGAGUGUAGUGUCCCUUUCCGGAUCUAACCCAAUGAAUGCUGCUAGCAUGGAGCACGUGAAGAAAAAUGGAAUAGUGGUAUAUCUGGAUGUACCCACAGAAAGCAUAAUGGAUCGUUUGAAAUUAAUGAAGGUGGAUCGUAUUGUGGGACAGGGUGAAGAAACAUCAUUAGGAGACAUUAUUAAGUUCAGGAAGCAAUUUUAUAAAAAGUGGUAUGAUGUCCGUGUUCUCUGCGAAAAUGGGAUUACCGCAGAGAAUGUAGCAGACAAAGUGCUUCAUGCUGUUAAGAGGUAUCAAAAUUCUGAGCUGGAAGGCUUCAUUUCCACCCGCGCCAUUAAGGAAGACAAAUCAAGGAAUUUUGUAAAAUAUUUCAGUGAUGUCCUUAUUGAAGGUCUGGCCCCAGAUGCUGGGCUCUUUGUUCCUGAGUUGGGACUUCCAAAAUUUACUGGUGGAGAAUGGCAACAUUUAUUAGGAGCAACUUAUACCGAAAGAGCUCAGAUUAUAUUAGAAAGGUGCAUACAUCCUGAUGAUAUCCCUGCUUCCAAAUUGUGGGAAAUGAUUCAGAUGGCAUAUGGACAAAAUUUUAUGUGUUCUAAAAUUGCCCCAGUUAGACAUCUGCAAGGGAAUCAGUUUCUUUUGGAGCUGUUUCAUGGACCAACGGCUUCAUUUAAAGAUUUGGCUUUGCAGUUACUGCCCCAUCUGUUUGCAUGCUGCAUUCCCCAAAGCUGCAAUUACUUGAUCUUGGUAGCAACUUCUGGUGACACAGGAAGUGCAGUUCUAAAUGGUUUUGGUCAACUUAAAGAGUCUGAUAAGCAAAGAAUUGCUGUGAUCACAUUCUUUCCUAAUGAUGGAAUUAGCCAGAUACAGAAACUCCACAUGAUCAGCUGCCAAGAAGUCAACACAAAAACCAUAGGGGUCCAGGCUGAUUUUGAUUUUUGCCAGACUGCCAUCAAACAAAUGUUUACCAAUUCAGAUUUUACUGGCUUUCUCACAGUGGAAUAUGGAACUGCAUUAAGUGCUGCAAAUUCUAUCAACUGGGCACGCUUGCUUCCGCAGGUGGUUUACCAUGCAUCAGCUUAUCUGAACCUUAUUGAACAAGGUGUUAUUUCGUUUGGGAGCCCUGUAGAUGUCUGCAUUCCCACAGGUAACUUUGGCAACAUACUAGCUGCGAUAUAUGCAAAAAACAUGGGGAUCCCUAUUCGGAAAUGUAUCUGUGCUUCUAAUCAAAACAAUGCAUUGACUUCAUUUUUAAAAACCGGCUUGUAUGAUUUACAAGGAAGGCAAUUAAUGCCAAGCUUGUCACCAGCAAUAGACAUUUUGAAGUCUUCCAACCUUGAACGUUAUUUACACCUGAUUGCUAAUGGUGAUGGACAGCUAGUGACACAGUUACUUCUCAGCCUGGAAAACCAGCAGCGCUUUCAGUUGCCGGAAAAGCUCCUGCAAAAGCUUCAAAACGACUUGGUGGCUGAUUGGUGCUCUGAGGAAGACUGCCUGGGUGCCAUACACUCUGUGUUCAACACCACAGGGUACAUUCUGGAUCCACACACAGCUGUUGCCAAAGUGGUUGCAGAUCGACUUCAAGACAAAACUUGCCCCGUUAUUAUUUCUUCUACUGCUCAUUAUUCUAAGUUUGCACCAGCUAUUCUACAGGCACUGAGGAUUGGGGAAAUAAAACAGACUCCAUUAAGCCAGCUUCAGUUGUUAAACUCAUAUAACCCUUUGCCUCCGGUCCAUGGGGGCCUAUUAGAGAUGCUGAGAAAGAAUGAAAAACCAAAGUAUGAGAUUUGUGCUGCUAAUGUUAAUGUCCUUAUGGAACACGUGGAAGGCUUAAUACAAAAUCACUUCAUGAAGGUUUUCUAACUGCAAGAUGCUUGGUGGUGCUGACCAGGUGUCCUGUUUUUUAUUUUUUCAUGACUCUCUAUAUUUUAAUAAAUGCUUGCUCGACACAGUUGACUUUAGUGAAUAUUUACAGUGACAAAUGCCAAGUACAAUAGAAACAAAACAAGUAUAACUGGAAGAAAAAAAAAAAAGAAGACGUCAUAU